AUGCAGCGACUAGACGACACCGACCCUCGUAUAACAUAUACCCCAACAACAUCAUGGUUCAUGGGUGGAGUCGCAGCUGAGUACAAUUCCACGACUCAUAUGUCGAAUACCGCUGGAGCUCAAAUGGUGUUUCAGUUCAGAGGGACAAAAGUAGAUGUCUACGGCACCAUAACUUCAAACCUUGCACAGGUGAAGAGCUAUGAUCUGUUUACUCUCGACAGCGAAGAUCCUGUAGAGUGGUCUGUUUCUCCCCAGCAACCAGCUGUCUACCAGACGAGGAUGUUCAGUUCACCGACCUUGCAGGAUGGACCACAUGUACUUACCUUGAAGCGCUACGUUGACAAGAGCGACACUAUCAUUGAUUAUUUGGAAUUCAUGCCAUCUCCCAGCGAGCUAUCGUCCUCACAAUCACCGCUUGGAUCGAGCAUUUCUGAAGCAGGAACCCAAUUUCCAUCCAGUCCAAGUGUCUCUACCGCGACCACAACAGUGUUCCCAUCACCCACUUUCUCUGGAGCAGGAAAAUUAUCCAACAGCGUCCUACCAUCAUCAGUUUCAAAUUCAUCACAUCUCUCAUCCGGCGCUGUUGCUGGUAUUUCCAUCGCUGCCAUGAUCAUGGUGAUUUCCGGCGUGUGGGUUUUGAUCUGGCAGUGCCAGAAACGCAGACGACGAAUGUGGAGGUCAGGUUCCUCGGGUGAACUUGACCUAGAUAUCAAUCCGUUCAGCCAGACACCUACGCGGGAGGUGAGGAGGCGUGAGGAUGUUCCGAAAGGUUCUCCUCCUCCUUACGAGGCGUAA